AAGUGAAAAGUGAAACAAAGGUAAAAAAGUAAAGUAAAAAAAUAAUAAUAAUUAAUACUCAAUUGUAUUUCUGUCCAGUGGGUGGCGGUUGUGUAUUUUCUUGCAUAGACUUGCAACCAUAUGAAAGAGAAGAAGACUACAUGGUGGGAAAUUUGACAGAUGGGCCAAAAUUGUUGUCACCGGUUUUAAACAAGCGGGCUUUUAUGUUAUUAUUCGCAAGAUAAUACGACAUGGACAGAUAUGUACUUGUUUUAUCCGUCUGUCAGGCGGAUAACGAAGAAACGGAGGAGUGCAAAUGUCUGGACCAGUCGAAGCAGAUUUAUGAACAAAUUGUGGCAUUCUCCUCUCAGGAAACAGCCAGAGGAGUCUCUGUGCUCCCACCGUGUUCUCUCAGUGGAGGCCCUUCAUUUCAGAGGUGGUACUUUGCUGUUCAGGCUUGCCAUGGCGAAAUGCAGUUUUGCAGCUCAGAUUGGGAAGAGGUGGGUUCAGUCCACCAGAGAGUGGACAAUGAAGAGGAGAACCAAACUGCUUUGGAGCUGUGUGUUGGUUCCCUGAGUCUUCAGGAGGGAUCGGUUCAAAAGUGUGACGAAGCAACUCUGACUGAAUUGCUCGAGGAGGCUGCAGAAGGAGUGCAUGCAUUGUCAGACAAACUUCCACCUCCAGGUAAAGCAUUGUUAGAUGUGCUGAUGUUUGGCUGUGUUGAGGAGUGUCCUGCAUUAAAAAUCCUCCUACCACUGCUGGGAGCCCUUCGACACAUGUGCUCCUGGCACUCUGCCAAGAUCACCGUCAUCACUCAGCAUACGACAGGGUGGCAAAAAACUGCGUCAUACCUGAGUGCUGGUCUAUUGGAGUGUACUGAGUUAACCAGCUGUAUCAAUGCCAGUGAACUUUGGAGAGGGGGCUUGGCGGUCAGAGAGAAGAAGCAUGUGUCCGAGCUUCGUUUCGAUGGCUUUUCUCUGCGCACUCCUGAUUAUAAAUCCGGUCACAUGGAAGAGCCACACUUUACUGCUGACCCCAAACUAGAGACUGAGGUCUUCCAGUACUAUGCCCCGGUUUUAGACUUGCUUCAUCUGGUUACCCUGUCAGACCUGCCAAGCUUUCUGAUGUCCAGCACACACUUUGAACUAGUGGUGUCUGGUAAGUCAGUGAAAUCUAAACUUCUUUUGGAACAGCUCAAGUCACUGCGUGGAAAGGUAGGAGCUUUGUUCAGCCUUUCCUGCAUCGUCACCUCCAUGGCCCAGCCGUCAGCAGCCCAAAUCAGCUCCCAGCGCUGGAGAGAAUCUCUAGUCAGGAGACCCAAGUCCUUGCUCAUACCUGAUGUCGAGAUCAAGGGAGAGAGUGCUCACUACUUCUUGUUGGUCCAGGGUUCAGACAAUACUGAGGAUGGAGUUUGCACAGUCAGGGUGUUGUACUCUGACUGUCAAAUUAAUGGUGUGCCAGCCAUGGCAUCGUUCUUGGGACAGAAGCUGCUGUCAUCAUCAGGAGGUACAAGAAGCGACAUCCUAUCUCUGCCUUGUCUCCAAGGAGACGGUCUGCUGAGGAGAGAGCGGAAGGUGGCCCAGGUCCAGGCACUGGUAAUUAAAGAAUACUUCAGACAGAACAAAAAAUCCUCUUCGGGACCACACAGUGACUUGAAGGCUAUUCUGAGCAUGGCUAGGGAGCAAUACUUGAGGAUGACUGACUCCAUGCUUCCCUGCGCUUCUUCCCUGACUGACAGCAUGGCCACUAAGCACCCAGCAUUAGAAACAAUGUCCCACACUCAAUCUGUUUGGCCUGAGAGGAGUGUACUCCACAACAUUGAGAACCUACAGAAAAGACGACAGAGGGGAAGACUUGGCUUGUUAGGUUCCGGCUCCAGUGACAACCUUCUGGGUCCAAAAGAAUGUGUUAAGGGUUCCACUACCUUACUGGAUGCCAAAGAACUUUUAAAACAUUUCACACUUGAUGGCAAGCCAACCAGUGAGCUACAACCUCUGGCCCUUAUUAGAGGUCAUAAUGUGUUCCAGUUGUCACCGGACUUGUGUCCCUGGAGUGUCAGUAAGAUGUCCUUUAAAAAGGCCACAUCAUCCCAUUACCACGGCAUAGACUUCUGCCUGGAUAACCAGCGCUCCUUGGACCGAGACCAGGCUUUUGUACGCCUCCAGUCCCGUCUCAUUCGCUACGAGACGCAAACCACCUGCUCCAGGGAACCAUGUGUCCUACCGUUUGCGACCAGCCCCGCCCCUUCUCCCGCAGUGAUGUCAGAACCAGGAAGUGUUCCUGAUGGGGAGACUCUGCAGAACGCUGACGUAGCCCGACUCAAACGCAGGUCCUGGGACACAGAUGUUGGAGGCUAUCCCCGCAAGAGGCAGGCCAAGUCAGAGAGCAGCGACUCCUUGUGUUCUCAAAGCAGUGGCGGUAAUGGGACACACAUUAACAUCAACUCACAACGACAAACACCCAGAUCCCAGUCGGUCUCCUCUUCCACACCCUCUUCCUCUUCUGCUCCAAGAACAUCAUCUGGUUUGUUGAAUCAUUCUUCAGCCGACAAGCAUAAAACGCAGGAGCAAAAGACUGAUCACAGGCUGACAGACAAUAAAAAUGCCAAGGAAUCACGUUCCCAGAAACACAAUAGGAUGCUGCAGGAGGUGGUCGUUAAAACACUCAAACAGCACGGGAUCAGUGCCGAGCAUAAAUGCUUUGAGGCUUGCAGCAAGAGACUGUUUGAUAUCUCCAAAUUCUUUCUCAAGGACCUGAAGACAUCUCGCGGUCUGCAUGAUGAGAUGAAGAAGGCAGCUUGCAGCAAUGCUAAACAGGUCAUUGACUGGGUGCUGGAGAAGACCUUGAAGAGCUGAAGAUGAUUUUAACAAACACAUAUUGAGUCCUACUUUCAAAUUUCCAUGUUUUACUUUGACAUGUUUUUUUGUUAUUAUAUAUGUUAUUUUAUAUUUUUUACUGAGUCAAUUUUAAUUGCUUUUAAAAU